AUGUCGGACGACAGCGAGGGCGAGUACGAUACCAUCACCCACACUGAGUCCGGCCGCGGCGUCAAGCUGCUCUACUCCAAGAGCAAGGUCUACAUACACCCCACGCCCUCGGCCAAGGACAACAUCCCCGGCUUCGUCGCCCUGCUGCAGCAGAAGUCCACCCCCGACGGCCGUCCCACCUCCUCCAGCUCCCAGGGCUCGUCCGCCCCGCGCUCCGCCGAUCUCCUGCUCGCCUGGCUGCCCGAGUCCAGCCUGGGAGACGCCGCCAGCAUAUAUGUCAAGGUCGACUUGACCGAGGGCGACUCGCCCCCGAAGCAGAGCUAUCUCGUGCCCCCGGUCCCCACCGUCACCACCCACCACGGCUCCAUAGGCCACUAUGCCUUCGCCAUCCCCGUGAGCGCCAUAUACUCGCUGCUGGUGCGGCCUCCCAGUCUCGGCUGGUGGUUCGGGUCGGUCGUGGUCAACACGCGCGCCGGGGACAGCUUCCCCGCCCUCUUCUUCCACGACAGCGAGUGCCAGUCGACCAUCCUGCAGAAGAAGAAGCGCGCAAAGGACAGCUUCGACCCCUUUGGCGAACAUGGGCAGAUGUUCUGGGGCGGCGACGAGGUGCUGCGGUGGCUGAAGCGAUACGUGCCCAUCGAGAGGAGCGGCGCCGAGCCCAACAUCUACCUCGUCGAACCCACCAAGGAGGACAGCGAGGCCUUCGGCGGCAAGCUGACCACGAGCACGCCCUCGCAGAUCGGAAGGAGGGAUAGCGCCCGCGGCAUGUCUGUCAGAGGCGCUGCCGGGUCCGGUGCUGCCGGGCCGAGCGGACAACAGGGCGAUGCACAGAUGGAGCCGUUCAUGAAGUUCGUCAAGGAAACCGGGUGGAACAUCAUGGAGAAGUUCAGCAAAGUCACCACCCUCACGAGACGGGCCGCGCAGGACGUGCUCGACAAUCCCAGGGUGCCGCCCCAGGUCCGGCGGCUGAUGGGGAAUCCCGAGGUGCAGACGCUGCAGGACGAGUUCGACAGCGCGAGGAUAUACCUUGCCCGGUGGGCCAUGGGCAUAGCCGAGCAGGCCGAGCGGGACAAGAACCAGAGGAUCUGGACCGCGAGAGAUGUCAUGGAGAUGGAGGACACGGACGUCGGCGAAUUCGAGCUGCUCGAGACGAGCACCCUGUCGUUGGAGGAACGCAGGAGGCAGGUCACCAUGAAGGAGUGGAGUACCUUCUUCGACCCCAGAACGGGCAGGCUAUCCGUCACGAUCGACGAGGUCAAGGAGCGCAUCUUCCACGGAGGUCUGGAUCCCGAAGACGGGGUGCGAAAGGAGGCUUGGCUGUUCCUGCUCGGCGUCUAUGACUGGUAUAGUACAUCGGAAGAGCGCAGGGCCCAGAUCGCCUCGUUGAGGGACGAAUAUGUCAAACUGAAGGCGUCCUGGUGGGAGAGACUCGUCGAUUUAGGUGGCGAGGGCGAGGAGGGGGAAUGGUGGAGGGAUCAGAGGAACAGAAUAGAGAAGGAUGUUCACAGGACUGAUCGCACAGUUCCCAUCUUUGCGGGGGAAGACAUACCGCAUCCUGACCCGGAGUCUCCUUUUGCGUCGUCGGGCACCAACGUCCACAUGGAGCAGAUGAAGGACAUGCUGCUCACCUACAACGAGUACAACAAGGACCUCGGCUACGUCCAGGGCAUGUCCGACCUCCUGGCGCCCAUAUACGCGGUGCUGCAGGACGACGCGAUCGCCUUCUGGGGAUUCCAGCACUUCAUGGACCGGAUGGAGCGCAACUUCCUGCGCGACCAGUCCGGCAUGCGGAACCAGCUCCUGACGCUGGACCACCUGGUGCAGUUCAUGGACCCCAAGCUGUACCUCCACCUGCAGUCGGCCGACAGCACCAACUUCUUCUUCUUCUUCCGCAUGCUGCUGGUCUGGUACAAGCGCGAGUUCAAGUGGAUGGACAUCCUGCACCUCUGGGAGGUGCUGUGGACCGACUACCUGAGCAGCAGCUUCCACCUGUUCAUUGCCCUCGCCAUCCUGGAGAAGCACCGCGACGUCAUCAUGGAGCAUCUGCAGCACUUUGACGAGGUGUUGAAAUACGUGAACGAACUCUCAAACACAAUAGAUCUCGAAUCCACCCUCAUCCGCGCGGAGUCGCUGUUCCGCCGGUUCCAGCGCCUCGUGGACGCCAUCGACAAGAAGCAGAACUUCCCCGCGCCGCGCGUCCGCCAGGCUUCAUCGCCGUCACCGUCAUCGCCACCACCGCCUGCAUCCUCAGACACCGCCGCCGCCGCUGCCCCGGCAGUUGGCAGCAGCAGGGAUACGGGCAAAGCGAAGGAAGAAGGCCCCAAGAAGGUCAUCAGCCCAGAGCUGCGCAAGCUGCUGAGCAGAAAUGUCGAGGUGCUCCCCCGGAAGGUGGUGCACAAGAAGGGAGACGGGUUCACGGCCGAGGCCAGCAGGUAG